AAAACAUUUAGAAAAAGCAAUGGAAGACAAGGCACAGAUACAAGAAGCGAUUAAAAUUCAAGGGGAAGUCGUUCGGAAGUUAAAAUCAGAGAAGGCGAGCAAAGAGCAGUGAUAGGGUUGCUUACCACUUUUCUCCUGUUCUUCCUGCCUGACCCGUGGUGACCUUGGCCUGUCACUCGAUUCAUCAUCUCCACCAUCUACUUCACCGUCUGGGUAAUCCAACCCUCCUGACUGGCUGCUGCGGCUGGCUCUGUACAACACCACUGGAUUAUGUUGCACUCUUGAUGCACUCUGAUUUGUUUUUUGGUCCUACUUUUACUUCUUUUUUUUAAAAAAUCCAUACCAUUUUCCUGCACUGUGGAAUAACCAUGCUGGGCAUGAUCUGGGUUCGUGCCUGCUCCGCUCUGGUGGGCUUUCGGGCUCCCACAUGUGUCCGAUCUCUUCACUCUUUCCCUGGGAUCACUGUGGCUCAGAUUGAUGAAGAGGUAGCUAAACUGCUGGAACUAAAGGCUCAGUUAGGAGAUGAUGGCAAAACCCAAUUUGUCCUUAAAACACCAAAGGGAACGAGAGACUACAACCCCAAACAGAUGGCCAUCAGAGAAAAAGUCUUCAACACCAUCAUCCGCUGCUUUAAACGACAUGGAGCCGAGACCAUCGACACACCUGUUUUUGAACUAAAGGAAACAUUGACGGGGAAAUAUGGAGAAGAUUCCAAGCUCAUCUAUGAUCUCAAAGACCAAGGAGGAGAGCUGCUGUCCCUCAGAUAUGACCUCACUGUACCAUUUGCCCGCUACCUGGCCAUGAACAAGAUAACCAACAUCAAGCGUUAUCACAUUGCUAAGGUCUAUCGUCGUGACAACCCAGCCAUGACCCGGGGACGUUACAGAGAGUUUUAUCAGUGUGAUUUUGAUAUAGCAGGGCAAUACGAUGCCAUGAUCCCAGAUGCUGAGUGUCUAAAGAUUGUACAUGAGAUCCUCAAUGAGCUGGACCUCGGAGACUUUCGUAUUAAGGUGAACGACCGACGCAUCCUUGAUGGAAUGUUUGCUGUGUGUGGCGUUCCAGAUGACAAGUUCCGAACCAUCUGUUCAACGGUGGAUAAACUGGACAAGAUGUCCUGGGAGGACGUGAAGAAAGAGAUGGUGAAUGAGAAGGGCCUGUCAGAGGAGGCUGCCGACCAGAUUGGGGAGUACGUCAGCAUGCAGGGUGGAAUGGACCUGGCUGAGCGCCUCCUUCAGGACCAUAAAAUGUCUCAUAGUAAGCAGGCCUGCGCUGGCCUCUCAGACAUCAAACUGCUCUUCAAGUACCUACAGCUCUUCCAUGUCACAGACAAGGUGGUGUUUGACCUUAGUCUGGCCCGGGGUCUGGACUAUUACACUGGAGUGAUCUAUGAAGCCGUGCUAACUCAGGCAGGCACAGUCUCAGCCGCUAAUGAAGCCCAAAAUGACACAAAUGCAGAAGAGAGUGUGAGCGUGGGCAGCGUGGCGGGAGGGGGCCGGUACGAUGGCCUGGUGGGCAUGUUCGACCCCAAGGGGAGGAGAGUCCCCUGUGUGGGUGUCAGCAUAGGUAUCGAAAGGAUCUUCUCCAUCAUGGAGCAGAAGGCUGAGGCCUCACCAGAGAAGGUGCGCACCACAGAAGUUCAGAUCAUGGUGGCAUCUGCUCAGAAGAACCUGCUGGAGGAGAGACUGCAACUCAUCUCUGAGCUCUGGAAUGCUGGCAUCAAGGCUGAGUUGAUGUACAAAAAAAACCCCAAACUGCUGAGUCAGCUGCAGUACUGUGAGGAAGCAGGAAUCCCCCUCGUGGCUAUACUGGGAGAACAGGAGCUGAAGGAUGGAGUGGUGAAGCUGCGUGUAGUGGCAACCAGAGAGGAGGUCGAUAUAUCCAGAGCAGAUCUUAUCAGCGAGAUCAAGAGGAGAACUGAGGCUUAGCCGCUUCCUGCUUGAUAAGCCAUAAACCAGCUGCUUUAUCUCAUGGGCUCUUCAGAACCGUGUACAGAAUUCCUUCUCCGGUCCACUACAGAACAAGUUGAACAAGAGCCCUGCAAAGACACAGCAGCCACGUGGACUGGUGUUACACAGCAUGUGGUGCUCAUGAGCACAGCAGGAAGCUAACAGGGAACAUGUUUAAAUGAAUGAUGUUGCUUGUAAUGUGCUUUCGGAUGUGUAAAAGAUGCCUAACUCGUUGUCAUUGUUCACAUUGUUCAGUAGGGUCUCUGGUGAAGAGAUGGUAGAUGUAAAUCACACCAAAACAGUCAGUGCACUAUUUAAAAAAAUACAUGCGAGGAUAGCUGUAGUGUUUAAGACCAAGACUGAGAAAAUGUUACACGUUUGUUUUCUACAUGAAUCAUGUCAUGAUUUACUGCAGUUAAAGUUCUAACUAAAAAUGCUCCUGUCUGUGUAAAAUAUCCUGUACUGCCCAAUGUCUCAAAUAAAAAGCUUACAUUUUGCUCAAA